GCACCCAGCAGGAGGCUUGGCCGCCAGGUGCCCCACCACCCUUCGCCCCGCGCCCGGCGGCAGGGUGGUCACCUGGCACACCAGCGCCCGCAGGAUACCCAGGUGUUGCAUAGGAUGAAUAUGAGUUGGAGAAAUUCCAUUUCCUGUUUAAGGCUAGGAAAGGUGUCACACAGAUACCAAAGUGGUUACCACCCAGCGGCCCCUCUGGGAUCGAGGAUUUUAACUGACCCAGCCAAAGUUUUUGAACACAACAUGUGGGAUCACAUGCAAUGGUCUGAAGAAGAAGCAGCAGCAGCCAGAAAAAAAGUAAAGGAAAACUCAGCUGUGCAAGUCCUUCCAGAAGAGCAAGUUAAGUAUGAGAGUGAAGCUAGUAAAUACUGGAACACAUUUUACAAGAUUCAUAAGAAUAAGUUUUUCAAGGAUCGUAAUUGGCUGUUGAGGGAAUUUCCUGAAAUUCUUCCAGUUGAUCAAAAAACUAAAGAGAAGGCAGAAGAAUCAUCAUGGGGUCAUGUAAAAACUAAUGCUGCAAAUUGUUUCUCAAGAAUGCACUGCCUUACUAUGCCUGAAGAAAAAAUUCAUUAUAAGAAACAUUCUAGACCUUCAGAUAGUCAAAACAAAGCAGAAUCUAAUUUUUCCAGACUGGACUCUGAAAAACCCAGGAAAGGACCUCUGAAGACUGAAUUGUUUCCUGGGAGCAAUGCCACUUUCAGAAUACUAGAGGUUGGCUGUGGAGCUGGAAAUAGUGUUUUUCCAAUUCUGAACACAUUACAGAACUUUCCGGAGUCCUUUCUUUAUUGUUGUGAUUUUGCUUCUGGAGCUGUGGAGCUAGUAAAGGCGCACUUGUCCUACAGAGCAGCCCAGUGUUCUGCCUUUGUUCAUGAUGUAUGUGAUGAUGGUUUACCCUACCCUUUUCCAGAUGGGAUCCUGGAUGUCAUCCUCCUUGUCUUUGUGCUCUCUUCUAUUCAUCCUGACAGGAUGCAAGGUGUUGUGAACCGAUUGUCCAAGCUACUGAAACCUGGGGGAAUGCUGUUAUUUCGAGACUAUGGAAGAUAUGAUAAGACUCAGCUUCGUUUUAAAAAGGGACAUUGUUUAUCUGAAAAUUUUUAUGUUCGAGGAGAUGGUACCAGAGCUUAUUUCUUUACCAAAGGGGAAGUCCACAGUAUGUUCUGCAAGGCCGGUUUAGAUGAAAAGCAAAAUCUGGUUGAUCGUCGCUUACAAGUUAAUAGGAAAAAACAAGUAAAAAUGCAUCGAGUGUGGGUUCAAGGCAAAUUCCAGAAACCACUGCACUGGACUCAAAAUAGUUCCAAAUUGGUAUCUACACUCUCUUCUCAUGACUGAACUAUGUACCAUGUUAAGAUACAAAACCAGAAGACUAUACUAGUCAAAGACUACUACAAAUUUUUUACUUCUCCAACGGGAAUAAGAAAAUAAUAUGUGUUUCCUGCUGUUUUAUCAUAGGUGACCAAUUUUGUGCAUUUUAAGCACAUGUAAGUGAUUUAGAAGAGUGCAGCUUUUUCUGUUUUGAAAUGUCCAAGCUUGUUUAGGUUUAUUAUAUCUUGAAUUUUGCUUAUAUCUUGAAUUUUAUAAGCAGUCAAAUUACUGAUAUAAGUCAUAAUUUUAAGAAACCAUAAUUUGCCAUUUUUUGCAAGUGGAAAAAAUUAUCUACUUUAUUUCUACAUUAUGCUUACUAUAUCAGUUCCCAAACACAGUCGAAUUCUCUCCAUUUCAGAGAAGUAGCAUGCCUUGUUUCCAGGAAAAGCUAUAACAAGCCCAAGAUUAAGGUGUACUGUUUGUUUUGCUUUGUUGCUGUCUGUUUUCCCCAAAGUGGUUUUGUUGUUGUUGUUGUUGUUGUUGUUUUUAAUUCAGAGACUGAUGUCUGAAAUUUCAGUUUCUCUUUCCUUUCUUAAAAUUCGGGAAGUAUGGCCCCUGCUAACAUUAUUUUCAGGCUAUUCUUAGAUGUACAAUUGUGGUAAGCUCUCUUUAAGACAACUGAUAUACCCAAGGUAAUUAUUAAAUUGUAGCAGUUAAAAAUUUA